GUCCCACUAUAGACUGCCAAAGACAGGAUACUUGAAAGCCUGAUAAGUGUCCCAUUUCCUCUUUGCUGUCUCCAGUAAAGCAUCGCCUUGACCAUGAAGGCAACUGCUGUUUUCCUGCUUCUCUCCCUGGCACUCUGCUGCUACAGAGGAAACGCUGAGAUGAAUGGAGCUGCUGACGAAGGAACAGAGGCAGCUUGUGGUACCUAUGAUCUGAAAAAAGGUUGUACAAAGAUCUUCGACCCCAUCUGCGGCACAGACAACACCGUCUACAGCAACGAGUGUCUCUUGUGCGCUCAGAACCUGCAAAAACACACUAAUGUGCGCAUCAAGAACAGGGGAAUGUGCAAAAAACACUCCCCACACCCCAACUCCGCUGAAAACUAAAAGAUGCAAUGAUUCCAGAGCAGACAACACAAAGAACUCCCUCACCUAUACAAAC